AGGUGGUGUGGUAUGGGUGUUCUGUGGCGUGGUUGGUUGUGGCUGCGCUGUGGUAUCGGUGGUGCUGUGUGAACAUCGCGGAUUUGUUGACGUAUUACGCAGGAAACGUAAACUAUUAUGAUUUACUGUGAACGUGGCCAUUCUAAAUACGCAAUUACUUGUGACAAAGACGCGAAACAAACAUGACAUCAAGCAUUGAUUAUAGGAACAAGACUAUACUUGCUCCUAUGGUUAGGAUAGGCACUUUGCCUAUGCGCCUUCUUGCUCUUCAGUACGGAGCCGACCUUGUUUACACGGAGGAGCUCAUUGACUACCGGUUGUUAAAGUGUCAGCGCAUCGAGAAUAAGGUACUCGGAACCAUAGAUUUUGUGGACGACGAUCACCAAAUUGUCUUAAGAACAUGUGAGAAAGAAAAAGGCCGAAACAUUCUCCAAAUUGGAACCUGCAAUCCUGAGCGUGCUGUUCAAGUUGCAAAGCUUGUUGAGAAAGAUGUGGCUGGCAUAGAUGUGAACAUGGGCUGUCCAAAGGAAUUCUCCAUAAAGGGUGGAAUGGGUGCUGCUCUGCUAACACAAACUGACAAGGUGAAAGCCAUCUUGACAGCCCUUGUACAAAACACUGAACUACCUGUAACAUGCAAGAUCAGAGUUCUUGAAAAGCUUGAAGACACAUUGGCUCUUGGGAAACUGAUUGAAUCAACGGGUGUGAAAGCAAUUGGUGUCCAUGGACGAACAAAAGACGAACGACCACAACACGCCAACAGGAAUGCUGUUAUUAAAGCUCUGGCUGAGCAUGUCAACAUUCCCAUCAUUGCAAAUGGGGGAUCUGGAGAAAUAGCCUGCUAUGAAGACAUUGAGCGUUUUCGGCAGGCCACUGGCGCUGCUUCUGUGAUGCUGGCUCGGCAGGCAGAAAGCAACUGCUCCAUAUUUCGAAAGGAAGGCAAGAAACCAAUAGAUGAUGUUAUAGAAGAGUACCUUGCAUAUGCGAUAGAAUAUGACAACAGGGCAACAAACACAAAGUACUGUGUUCAGCAGAUGCUUGGCUCACUUCAGGAAAGUGACAGAGGCAAGGCACUUUUGGCCAGUCAACAAAUGGAGGAAAUAUGUGUGCUCUGGAACAUGCAAGACAAGCAUGCUUCUCGGCAGCUGAAGCUCCAGGCUAGAGCAAUGGCUUUGAGGGAGCUCAGUAAUAACAGCUAUGCUGAGCCAGUGCUGAAGAAGUGCAAAAUUGGAGAUGAUGAAGUGUGGCAAAUGGAGGCCAAGUUUGUUAGAAACAUGUUUGAAAUGGCAAACCUGCCAAAGACUGUGCUCAUCAACUGGACAAGGAAAAAUAAUUAUCCACAUCCAUUCUACAAAACUGAAUCCAUGGAGAAAAGUUUUCGUUCUGUUGUGCUGGUAGAUCGGAAAAAGUAUUCCAGCACAUACCUAAAUUACACGGAACCCAGCUUAACUACUCAGCAUGACCUCCAACAUCAGUUGGCACCCACGGCACACUGAAAAUCUUGGAGGUGAUGUGCAUCUAUCUCAUCUGCUAACCACCAGGUGCAUGUAUUGUCUGCUUAAGGUUCAAAGUGAAAUUGUGUUGCAGUUAGCCUUUAAUGGGUUGCUUUGCUGCACACUUGCCAUGUUAGAAGUGGAAGAUGUUCCAUAUUUCCCGGAGUGCACAAUAUUUCAAGAGCAAAGCGCUGGUAUAUAUAAGUGCCAGUCAUGUGUACUGUGUGUCUGUUUUUUAGUGCUGCUUUCCCAAAGUUUGACUGGUAUAUGUCUCCUUUAUAGGUUGUUUUGAGAACAUCACAUUUGGCAGUUGGUUGUAAGAGCACUUGGUUGCCCUACACUAAAGC